AUGUCUAACUUUACCAUUGUGAGUGAAUUUCUCCUCAUGGGGUUUUCUGAUAUCCGAGAACUGCAGAUCAUAUAUUCUUUGCUUUUCUUACUGAUUUUCUUGGCUACCCUUUUGGGGAAUCUGCUUAUUGUGAUUGUUACCACUAUUGAUAGGCGUCUACACACCCCCAUGUACUUUUUUCUUAGGAACUUGUCCAUCGUGGAUGCCUGCUACAUAGCAGUCACUCUCCCUAAAGCAUCCGCCAACUCCUUGUUGAAUAGCAGGGUUAUCUCAAAGGGUGAGUGUGUGGCCCAGAUUUUUCUUGUGGUUUUCUUCGUAUAUGUGGAAUUGACCUGCCUCACCAUCAUGGCCCGUGAUCGCUAUGUUGCCAUAUGCCAUCCACUCCACUACACUGUGAUUAUGAGUCCCCAGGUCUGUAUGCAGAUGACCUUGACAUGCUUUUUCACUGGUCUUUUGUAUGCAGGUUUCCAUACUGGUUACACAUUUCGAUUGCCUUUCUGCCAAUCCAAUGUGAUCCAUCAGUUCUUCUGUGACAUACCCUCUUUACUCAAACUUUCUUGCUCUGAGACCUUCAGCAAUGAAAUAAUUAUAGUUGUCUCUGGCCUGGGAGUUGGGGGUGGCUGCUUUGCCUUCAUCACUGCUUCUUAUGUUCGCAUAUUUUCCACCGUGCUGAAGUUUCCAGUGAAAGAAGAGCAAAGGAAAGCCUUUUCUACCUGCAUCCCCCACAUCAUUGUUGUAUUGGUGUUUCUGAUUUCAGGCUUUUGUGUGUACCUUCGACCAUCUUCAGUUUCUGCAUCCAUUGAGGACAUGAUUCUUUCUGUGUUCUAUUCCAUAAUACCACCUUUCUUGAACCCCAUCAUCUAUAGUCUAAGGAACAAACAGAUAAAGGAGGCUGUGAAAGCAGUCGUAAAGAAAAAUAUUCUUUCUAGAAGAUAA